AAGCGCUGCGUAAAAAAUUAAGUAAAAAGUUGAAAAUCAAUAGUUAAACCAACAAAUUUCUUCGUAAAGCGGUUGAGCAAGGUCCAGAGUGAACGGGGCCUGAGGGAAAGAGAGAAAAAUGUUUUGUGAGAACGAGCGCUUGAACGUAAUAUAAACAAAAACCUAGCGACACAUAUGUAUAAAUAAAAACAAAACAGAGAAUGGAGCUAGCGGAAGAACAGGAACUGGAAAUGGAGCCGGAGCAGCAUUUAAAGCAUCUACUAAAUAAACUCGAACCUAUCGAAUUGAAUCAACUGCCAGAAAAGUUCAACGCUCACUUUCAGGGAGGGCAGAGUGGCCUAGAAGAUUUCGCCAUUUACUAUUUGGCUGCACUACGUCAGCACACAGAGCAGCAUUUUCGUAACAGUCUAAGCAACGAAUCGGAGACGCCCAAAAGUCAAACGCCUGUACGCCAACCAAGGCCACCCACACAAACAGAUCAGGAACUGAAUGAAUCUCAACUUAGUCAACUGAGCAUUGGCAAUGUGUCCACGCCUGUGCGACAAAAUCCACAUGGACGUCGUUCCACUGGUGGCCAAUUCAACAGUACACCGCAUAGCAACGAACGAUCCACUAAUCGCAGUGGAGGAGGUGGUAGCGUUUCCGGUGGUAGCUUUUGUCUAGGUGACUUUUUGGUCAAUACAACGCCCAAUCAUAGCCAACAACGUGCAAGGAAGAAGCCGCUAACGCCACAGUCAAAUACCGCACAAGAUUGUGCACACAAUAAAUCUCAAAAACCACGUCGACGUGUGGUUCCUAUGACAAUCAGCAAGAAUGUGUCUUCGUGCAGUUCCUUUGGCGACACCAGCUCGUUUAGCAACGAGAACAAUUUGUUGCGUCUGUCGCAGAGCUGUGAAUUGGAUCGCAGCCAAGGCGCUGAACUGGAAUUGGAGGCAAGAAAGACAUUGCUACUACGCAGGCAAGAAAUUAAAAGUGAAGCGCCAGUUGAACAGGAAAGAGAACGAGARAGAGAGAAAGAAAUUCGACCUUUAGAGCCAGUCAGCUUGGAGGAUGUCAGCCAAGCCAAAAAGCUUCAAGUGCUAGCUAGCAUCUACUCAUUGCUCAUGGAUUUGAAUCUUGUUCCAAACGUAUUGAGUGAGAUAAGCUUUGUACUGCAAUUAGUUAAUAUACGCAACAUCGUGUCUGAUGCGAGUCCAACGAAGUCUGACUCGGAUGCACCUCUCGCCCUACUAACCGGCUACAAGGAAUGCAUUUACUUUGCCGUUAAAUUACUGGAGCAACAGCAGGAGCUGCUAUUGCAGCUGGAUCGUAAAUCUCUGGGUGUGCUGCUUCAGCAUGAACGUUUGUCUUUGCUCUCCAAAGAGAUGCAGGAACAACUGGAACUAUCCUGUCAACAGAAACAGCAGUUAAAGAGCAAGCGGGAGCUAUUUCCCGACACCCAAAAUCCUCAGCAAAAUGUCUACUACCAGCACGAGAAAGAUUCACGUGAUAAUUUUCCUAGCCAACAGGAGUUCGGUGCAUUUAAGACCCAGCGAGAUCUUUUUUACAAGGCGCUCAAGCAGUGGGAGCAACUACAUCUUAAUCGUGCCUUCUGUUUUGGCAGAGAUUUGGGUCAAUGCGUGCGAGAGAUCUUCAGGCAGUCCGAGCAUGCUGUAAAUAUGGCGCACUUUGCCAAACUGUUUGUCAGCCAGCUACUCAUGUCCAGUGGUGAGACGCACGAAUCACCCGAAGAACUGGGUCUGAAGCUUGACCAGCAGCGUCUCAACAGACUGGCCCAGCGUCUGAUUACUAGCAAUUCAAGCGUUGAGGAUCAGUUUCCACGCACGCAAGCCUUCUUUCGUGAUUUUAUUAGCGAAUGUGGAUCCUUGGCAUUUCUAGUACAGCUCCAGCUGGCGCUCUAUGUCCAAUUGUUGCGCCAUAAUGAUUCCAGUUUUGAGUUGCUGCCACUUCAAGCCGAAGACGAAGACGAUGGCGAGGUAGUUCAGUCUCCGUUUAUCGUACGACCACAGGCUCUUGCAGAAUUGCUUAUGUUGGCUAAAUUUCUAGGGUAUGUUUGCGCCUUCCCUUACAAUCGAUCGCCCACUGCCUAUGCCUGCCCGCAACAACUGCAGCUGCGUCGCCAGUUCCAGCCACCGUUUGAGAUGCGCACUCAUCUUGAGCGAGCCAUGCGCCAGGACAAACUACUCAUCACGUUGCCCUGGCUGGUACAGUACUUGGCCAUGUUAGAUGUGGUCACACUGCAGCUUCCUGCUGCGGUGGCUACGCUGGAAUUGCUCUAUGCGCUGUAUGAAGGCGUGGUUGCUAAUCAAAAUCCGCAGUUCUUUAUUAUACGUAUUUGCCUCGGUUGGCUAUUGGAAUCUCAGCCAGCGCUCAGCAGUGGCUACUACAGUCAAAGGAGCGCCAAAUCCUUAAGUGGAGCAAGUGCAGCAUUGGUCGCCGAUUGCCUGCAUAGUCUGAGCAUUUCGUAUAAGGGACAGGCAGCAGCACUGCUCGAGCAGCUCCUCCCAGUGGCGUGUCCCUUUCUUCAUGAGUUUUGUGUCUCCAUUACUCCCUCGCAGCGACAAGUGCAGCGGAGUGGACGCUUUCGUUAUAUAACCACUCGACUGGAACAGCUGAGUGGAAGCAAGAAGUUGCAAUCUGCACCAGAGGAAACGGUUGAUCCUUUGCAGACUGUGGAAGCUAUGUCAUCGGAGCAAAAGCAACGCAAAUUGGUGGACGCCUUUCUACACUCACAGAACGCUUCCAUGCGACGUCUAUUGGAAUUUGUUACAGAGCGCAGCUUUAAGUGUGUGGUCAAGGAUGCCCAGCAAACUAUACUCCUGCCCUCCAAGGCUGCAGCCGAUGCGCUUGUCAAUGGGAUUAGGUCCACGCAAGAGCAAGAGGUGCAGCGUGAGUUGCAACGCAUCUAUCAACAGGCACGCAUUCAAGCCUCUCAACAAUGGGCAGAACAAGUGCCUGCAAUGUUAGAGAAACGCAUCGAACAAUCUUUAAUGGCUCUGUUGCCCCUUAACACCCAUGAGGUAGUGCGACGCACGUAUAGCCAUUUGAUUAGGCAGCAGGCUGAGCCACAGAUACACCAGUGGCUAGAAACGAGCGUCAUACAAUCUAAUUUUUACCACGGUGAUUUGCAGGAGGUGGCCAUCAAGGUGUGUCGAGCGAACAAGAAUAACAAUCAGGCUACCAGCAGCAGUGGAACUUCCAAUGAAAUGUGCCUAACUGAUGCGAAUGGACUUAGUUUGUCCGGUAUACUACAUGAGCUGCAGCAAUGGGUACACUGCCUCAGCUUGAGACCCGAAUAUUUGUGUUAUAUGAGUGAUUUGCAAGGAUUGCUCGGAAGGACGAAAGAGGCCGUUCAACUUAAGCAACUGCCCAGCUAUUUCUACCAGCUGAUGGGAUCUGUAUUGGUGCGCCUGUUACAAUUACUCAUAUACCGUCAGCCACAUUUGUUAACCGAGGACGUCAUCAAUACUAGCUGCGAGGUGUGGCUAACACCUCAAGUUCGUGGCACUGAUGAGACAAUACCUGUGUUUCUUGAAAGCCUGCUCAGCAUCAGCUUUGUACAGGAGCUCAGCUCCGAUCCUUCGAGCUUCCAGCUACUCCACCAUCUGCUUCACGCUAUGCUGAACGCUCGCGUGCUCGGCAUCGAUCACCUCAAUCAGUUAUUUUUGCCGCUCUUCAAGGAGAAUUGGACUCCGCCUGUGUGGAAAGCGUUGUCACAGGUGCUCCAUCGAUUGUCCAAAGAUCACUCCGAUAACGAUAAAAGUAACGACGAUGACGACGGAAAAUCGCAUUUGUUUAUGGAAGUGCUAGCGGAUUUGUCGCAAGAUUUGGAUAGUUUUUAAGCUUAAAGUUAUUAUUAUAUCAUUCUAUGCAUUUAUCAUAAAAUUGUUAGUUGCUGUGAAUAAACUCUAUUUUUUGCACAAG